AUGAUCAAGAGCAAGAGCAGCGCCAAUAAUCUGUCAGAGUCCAUCUACAAGGAAGAGGUCCUCCAUCUGACUCAGCUCGUCCAGCAACUGGCCGUCCUCAACGAUGCCACAUCCACAUCUGCAAACAACAACCCAUCACCACCUACAAACAAUACAAGUGCUAUCGACUCGUCAAAGGAGAACAAUUUAAACACUAGUACUAGUAACAAUAAUGGGCCUACCUCUGCAAGUGCUACCAACGUGGCCCAGAUCGACAACUUUGACACCAUCUCGUACAUUAUCAAGCAAAUCUUCCAGUCUGGAAAACAAGAGGCAUUCACAGACCAACUCAACCUGUUCAUGCAUCGCAAGGAAGGCGAAAUUGAACGAAUGUGUAACUUUCACUACCAGGAAUUUGUACAGUCUGUAGACCAGCUACUCAAAGUCCGGGCGGGCGCUGUCGAACUCAAGAACAAGAUACUCGAACUCAACCAAGAGUUGCAGGUCGCUGGUGGAAAGAUGAUUGAAAAGAAACGUGAAGUCAUUGACUACAGACGAAGAAUGCUCAAUGUAGAAACCACAAUCGAAUCAUUCCAGAAAUCCAUGUUUGUCUUGGAAAUCGCAAACAAAAUCAACCUCCAUAUUGAUAAUCGAAAGUUUUAUGCGGCUCUACGAUUGCUUGACGAAUUACAAUCAACACAUUUGAGGACAUCGAGACAGCAUGAGUUUGCAAAGCAUAUGUUGGAAUGUAUACCGAACUUACGUGAAAACAUCAAGGAGGAAAUAUCAAAAGAUAUGAAGGAUUGGCUAAUCAAUGUCAGAGAAUCAACGCGCAAGAUUGGAAAACUGUGUCUCGAAUUAACUGCUGUCUCUCAAGUUCGAAAUCGAAUGAGGAAAUCACCCUCAGAGACACUGCCUGCCGCCAAAGAUAUAAGAGACAAGGUUGUGAGUGCUGAAAUGCUGGCUGUUGAUGAUGGUGAAACAAACAUACUGGACAACAAACACGUCAAAUUGGAUUUCAAACCGUUGCAUUCCUGUUUGCACAUCUAUGAUGCACUUGGAAAAAGGAAUGAUUUCAAGAGAAAUUAUGAAGACAGUCGAAGGUUACAAGCCAACCUGACCAUCUCAACACCAUUCUCGCUCAAAAAUGAUGAUUUGGCUGGAUUUGAAACCUACUUGCAGGAUGUCAUUGGCUUUUUCGUCAUUGAAGCUAUAGUCAUGAAUACUACAGAGAAUUUCAGAUCGAGAGGGAGUGUUGAGGCAUUGUGGGAAACAGCCAUGGAAAAGAUCAAAACAGUCAUUCGAGACUCGUUACAGGAUUGUGAAAAUCCUGAAUUGUUUUUGACAAUCAAGAUUCGAUUGACGAUAUUCAUACAGGCCCUUGAGAAUUAUGGAUACUCUGUAUCGAAAUUGACGGACUUGAUCAUAUCACUGUUUGAUCGAUAUUCGGAAAUGAUGAAGACCAAGUGUAGUGAAAGUGUUUCUGAGCUGAUUGACUCAGACGAGUAUUCACCACUGACAAUCAACAAUUAUGACGAGUAUGAGCAAGUCAACAAGGCCUUUACGCUACGUGAAGAUAUUCAGAAACAAAACCAGAGAUUCCCAAGAAUUGUUCCAUUCUCACGAGGCUUUCCUCAAUGCUGUGAACGAAUACAGGCCUUCAUCACUGGAUUCUACCGUUUCGCUGAAGGAUUUUCUACACAGUAUGGCGAGAUGGAUGACUUGCUAAAAAAAUCUUUGGAGAGUCUGCUUAUUCAGCACGUGAAUGGGGCUUUGUUACGACAGCUGAGCUCGAAUAAUCUUUCUGCUGCCGUCCAAAUAAGAGUGAAUUUGGAUUAUUGGGAGAUGGCUUGUCCGCAAUUUGAAAUCUUGCUUCAAGAGAGGAGGUCGGCACAUAGAGGUGGUCGAGUGGUGCUACAAGCUCAACAAGCAUUCAGGAAUUCCAAGAAGGCAGCUGAAACUAGGAUAACAGAGUUGAUUAAUAUCAAGAUUGAUCAGUUGUUAGAGUUGGCCGAUUAUGAAUGGCAAGUUUCCGUGACUCCAGCACAUGCUCCAGCUCAACCUAGCUCAUAUUUGUCAGACGUGGCUGAUAUCACCACCACCGUCAUUGCUUCUACCGUCACAAAUUUACCUCCUGAUGUCCAGGCUUUGGUGUAUCUGGAGACAUUUACACAUUUGGCUGAAGCACUCAUGGCAAGUCCCUUUGAUUACACGACAUAUGCCAAAAAAAGUUCCGACUUACAACUCAUGUUGAAUCCAGGUGUCAAGAAACUGAAUGUGAAUUUUAUUUCGGGAUUUGCUGUGGACGUCAACUUUCUGAAACGGUUUGUGUUGGGCUUGGGUAUGCCUAAUCUGGCCGAUGCGUUUGAAGAGUUGAUUCAGACUCUAUCAUUCUUACGCGUCGACAACUAUGAGCCAUAUCUGGUUUCAGGAGUACGAGAACAAGUGUAUCCUAGGAUGAGGACAUCGAAUGCUGUCGUCUUACUCGAAAAGAUUCGUGGUGAAAGCAAUACAGUAUUUGGUACCUUCCAAGGCACACCUGCAGAAAAGGCAAAGAGGAAGACUUUGGAAACUUUGAUCAAGUUGAUGCGUGAGUCUAUGGCUCGUCACCAGUCCAGUGAACCUAGUACUCCUGUUACGAUGAAGACAAUUGCUGUAUAUAAAAGAGCAUCAUCAAUUCUCUGUUUACGUGCCACGGGGGCUGUCGAUUCUUCAAAGGAAGACAAUAUCAAUACUAGCACUGUAUGCAACAAUAAUGGUCCUAGUGCUGCAAGUGCUACUGAUGUGGCCCAGAUCGACAAUUUUGACACCAUCUCCCACAUUGAAUUCGAGACCAUUCUAACAUAUAUUGAACCUGAAGAAUGCAUUCGAAUCCGCAAAUUCAUGUACAAAAUUGACGCUAGACGUGCUAGCAUUGGCCGAUUGCUACUCCGACAAGCUGUGGCAACAGCAACAUCAAACAUUACCUGGAAGGAGAUUCUCAUUCAGAGGAGUGACGCUGGGAAACCGACUCUGAUCUCACCAACACUCCCAACAUGGUCAUUCAACAUCUCACACCACGGAUCAUACGUAACACUAUCCGCUUCAACAACAUACCCAGAAAUAGGAAUAGAUAUUACCAAAGUAGAAUUCCCAUCCGGCGCUUCCAACAUUCCAGAAUUCUUUGACUCGUUACGUGGAAUCUUUACGCCGUUUGAAUGGAGUGUUAUUGAAGCUCCACUUACUGGAAUAACAAAAGAGGAUGCAGAUUGGCAUCACUUGCACCUGUUCCAUUGCCAUUGGGCUUUGAAAGAGAGUUAUACGAAGGCUAAAGGAAUGGGACUUGGUUUGGAUUUGAGUAGGAUUGAGUUUAGGAAGCGGGAUGGUGUUUGGUUUGAUGGACGUGUUAUUGGAAGGAAUGUGAAGGAUUUACCAAAUACUAUGGCAGACAUCAAAGUAUAUCUAGACGGUAAAUGCGUCACAGACUAUUGCUUUGAACUCUCAUAUUUGGACCCUACUCAUCCUGUAUCUAUCGCAUACGGACCAACAUCUACACUCGAGCCUUUACAAUCAUACAAAACACUCACAAUUCAAGAUCUGAUACAUAAUGCACAAUCACUUAAUCCAUUCGCAACAGCCAAUAAUAAGUAA